CCCCCUGCUCCCCCCUCCCCCCGCAAUUAAACCAAAGACAAUGGUGCACUGUGCCGGCUGCAAAAGGCCCAUCCUGGACCGAUUUCUGUUGAACGUGCUGGACAGGGCCUGGCAUGUGAAGUGCGUCCAGUGCUGUGAAUGUAAAUGCAACCUGACCGAGAAAUGCUUCUCCCGGGAGGGCAAGCUCUACUGCAAGAACGACUUCUUUCGGUGUUUCGGUACCAAAUGCGCCGGGUGCGCACAGGGCAUCUCCCCCAGUGACCUGGUACGGAGGGCACGAAGCAAGGUGUUCCACCUGAAUUGUUUCACCUGUAUGAUGUGUAACAAGCAGCUGUCCACUGGGGAGGAGCUCUACAUUAUAGACGAGAAUAAAUUCGUCUGUAAAGAAGAUUACCUAAGUAACAGCAGCGCCGCCAAAGAGAACAGCCUGCACUCGGCCACAACGGGAAGUGACCCCAGUUUGUCCCCGGACUCCCAAGACCCGUCCCAGGAUGACGCCAAGGACUCGGAAAGCGCCAAUGUAUCGGACAAAGAGACGGGUAGCAACGAGAAUGACGACCAGAACCUGGGUGCGAAGCGGAGGGGGCCACGCACCACUAUCAAGGCCAAGCAGCUGGAGACACUCAAGGCUGCCUUCGCCGCCACACCUAAGCCCACUCGUCACAUUCGGGAGCAGCUGGCACAGGAGACCGGCCUCAACAUGCGGGUCAUCCAGGUCUGGUUCCAGAACCGACGUUCCAAAGAGCGGCGAAUGAAACAGUUGAGCGCUCUGGGAGCCCGGCGCCACGCCUUCUUCCGCAGCCCACGCAGGAUGAGGCCGCUAGUGGACCGGCUGGAGCCAGGGGAGCUCAUCCCCAACGGGCCCUUCUCCUUCUACGGAGAUUACCAGAGCGAGUACUACGGCCCCGGGGGCAACUACGACUUCUUCCCGCAAGGCCCGCCUUCGUCGCAGGCGCAGACCCCCGUGGACUUGCCCUUCGUGCCGUCGUCCGGCCCGUCGGGGACACCCCUGGGAGGCUUGGAUCAUCCCCUGCCUGGCCACCACCCGUCCAGUGAGGCUCAGCGUUUCACCGACAUUCUGGCCCAUCCGCCUGGAGACUCUCCGAGCCCGGAGCCUAAUCUCCCUGGACCCCUGCACUCCAUGUCAGCCGAAGUUUUCGGCCCCAGCCCGCCCUUCUCUUCGCUGUCAGUCAACGGUGGGGCGAGCUAUGGUAACCACCUUUCCCACCCUCCCGAAAUGAAUGAAGCGGCGGUGUGGUAGCCGGGGCCUCUCCUGAGCCAAGCUGCCUGCCGCCUCUGGACUUGCGUGGUUGUACAGAAACGAGUCGUUAUUAAAAACACACACACAUAAUAACAAAACAAACAAAAUCACAAAAACAGAACCAGCCCCCAAGCAACUUCCUCUCUUUCCGCUGGAGAGACCGAUCUCUUCACUGAGGUUUGGUAGGAAGGGAAGAGAAGACUUGGGGGUGACUGCGAAUUGAGAUCCGAAUGCACCCUGAGAUGGGGUUGGAGUCCCAGCCCCGGGGGCAACGUGCAGGUCUUGGGGUGAGUGAACCAGACUAAGGCGCAAACUCAAAAACGUUCCCCAAUCCGCGUAAAAACUCAAGGAGCCGAGCUUCCGCCGGCAUUCCAGAGAGCUCGCGGAAGGUCGAGGCGAGUUGUAAGGAUUAGCCCAGCUAAGGACAGCUCGGGCCAGCUCCCGGGAGGCGAUGAGGGUGACGAUCGGCCGGUCUAACCGGCGCCCAGGAUGCACGGAGUGGAGAGGAAGGAGGCCGGCACAAGUCGAAAAUCAAACUCGUUGCGAACAUCAGAGGAAACGAAGCGUAGCGAAUCCGAGUCAGGGAGGGGGAAAAGGCCGGCUCUGGAGCAUUCAUUUCUGGGCUAGGAUGAACGAAGCGUCUUUUAGCUCUCGGAAACCCUCGAUUAGUUUUUGUCUCUCAGAGUUUACUAGCAUCGACAAACAACAAACUUUUAGCUUCAGAAACACCGACCUGCUGUGCAUCAGGUGGGACAUAUUUUUUUGUCUGUCUGUCUGUCUAUCCGGUUCUUUUCGGCCAAAAUAACAGAAAUAGGAAAUGCCCUCAGCAUCAACUCUACCUUCAAAUGUUAUACACACACACACACACACACACACACACACACACUCACACCCCACCCUCAUUAGGAUGAUCUCCAGCCAGACCUCUCACUAAAAUGACUUGAAACAACGGCUAUACAAGAAAGUAUUCUACCUUCAUGAAAAAAGUUUAAAAAAAAAAAACAAAAUAAAGACUAUUGAACUAAAAAAAA